AUGCAUUUUUCUCUUUUGAGAUAUGCUGUCAUGAAAAAACCCUGCGAGCACUAUGGGAGCCCCUUUGCUCUGAACACUCGGCGAGUUUCCAAGAAGCCUUCCUCCUUUUUUUCACUGAGAGCCAAUUGCGACGUAACAUCUUCCGAGACACUGAAGUCUUGA